AUGCAACAAUCGUCCAAAUCAUUUGACAAAAAACCUGCCAACAUAGUCCAGCAAUCAGUAAGUUUUUCUGAAAAGGCGGCAGGUUGUAACGGUCGUGCUUGUAAUAAAUGUGGUCAAUGUCGCGAUUGGUAUUACAAUGGCGAUCGUUGGGUACUUCACGAGGGUGCCACAUGCGCUGGUGGUCAUGGUAGAGUUAAUGAACAUAGCGUUUGGGUUCUUGAUUUCUGCGAAUGUUGA